AGAAUAUGAUAUAGAUAUACAAUUAUUAUGAACAGAAAAAUGAUCACUUGGGCGUCUGAUCCUAUAAGUUCUAAACUAUGGGGAGAUAAGCUAGUAGUAAAAUGCAGUUGAGAAAUUCUGGGUCAGGUACAGUGUACAUGUACUGAUAUACCCUCUAAGUAGGUCAAGCUGAUCGGAAAGGACAGGACAUAAUUUUAUCUACAAUCAACAUUUAGAAUGGCGGACUACAACAUGAGACCAGCUGUAGAGGGUGAUUGUGAGGAGAUCCUCCGGCUGAUACAGGAAUUAGCUGUCUACGAAAAUAUGCCGGAGCAAGUGAAGAUGACUAUUGAAAAGCUGAGAAGAGAUGGUUUCGGCGAGCAGAAAUUUUUCCAUUGUCUUGUUGUUGAGGAUACUACUGCGAAAACUCCAGAAGGCAAAGCUUUCCUGUGGGGGUACGCCCUGUACUACUUCACCUACUCCACGUGGGAGGGGCGUGUCAUGUACCUCGAGGAUUUGUACAUGUCACCGACCUACAGGGGGCGUGGCACAGGCACCAAACUUUUUCAAGCAGUAACACAGGUUGGUGUAGAAAAGGAUUGUCAGAGGAUGCAGUGGGUGGUCCUCAACUGGAACAAACCAUCUAUAGAUUUCUACAAGUCACGAGGAGCAUGGGACGUCACUGCCAAGGAGAACUGGAAUAUAUUCCGAAUGGACCGACCGGAGUUGGAACAGCUAUCUAAGGCAAACUAAUAUACCGGUCUUUAGGUCAAGAACAUUUGUAAGCGUUGAUCUUGGACGUGCUGGAUACGCACACUAGUGCUCGGAACCGUCUAUUCAGACAGUUUUCCUAUAUAAUUAAUCAAUGGAAAAUUAUCUCUUUAUGUAAUAAGGUGGCAAAAAUAUCUAAACAUCUCUACGUCAUUUUAACUUAAGAACAUUUAAUUCGUAAACAUGAAAUAAAAACUUUAGAAUUGCUGAUAGGACUUUUUUGAUCAAUAGAAAUAUUUUAUAAAUGCCUAUAUAUAAUAAAAGAUAUUAUACAUUAAUGUAACUAUCGCUUACAAGAUUUUACCGACUGUUUGUACAUGUAUCUUUUCUAUAUGAAUAGUAUCUUAUGAAUUUCAAUGAUAACAUGACAGAGUUCUUGCUACGUGGUAAAUUUAUUAUUUAUAUUACAAUGCACAGCU